GCUCUCAAUACUAUUACAACUACAAUCAAUGCAUAACAUGACAAAUUAAAGCGUAUAUUCGAUUUAUUUGAUGCUACAUUCAAUGAACUUUUACCAUAUAAGAUCCCACCGUCCAUGUGCAUAUAUGUAUGAUAUGUGUAAAUAUACGAUGUAAAAUUACUCGAUGUAGCAUUUAUAAGACAUCUUCGAAUCAAUCACGUGCAUUCACUAUCACAUUCAUCAUGUCCAUUUAAUUCUCCCCUAACAUCGUUCAUGUUCGACCAUUCAGAUUCCCAUACCGACCGUGAGAAUAUUGUACGGCCGAUAAUCCAUAAUUUGAGCAAUUCGAGAUCCGAUGUAAUUGAAAUCAACGGCGACGUAAGAAUCCAUGCAAACACAACCACCAUUUACAUUCAUCCGACGACCACCUUUGACGGUCAAACAAAUUAUUCCACCGCCAUAAAACCCUACGCCCGAAAAGGAGACAACUUCAUCAAAGACUACGUCACCACUUGGAACAUCAUCACCAUCAAUAAUCAUCAAUUGCCGGAAAAUUUGCAUGCACUUGAUUGCGGCCGGAAUUUCACGGUCCCCGCCGUAAUAUUCUCCAUCGGAGGAUAUUCCGGCAACCACUUCCACGACUUCACCGAUCUCCUCAUUCCACUCUACCUAACUUCCCGCCAAUUCAACAGACAAGUGAUCUUCCUAGUAUCCGACAAACGCUCCACGUGGAUCUCCAAAUACAACCUAGUACUCCACAAACUCUCCAAAUACGAAAUUAUCGACACUAACAACGAGGAAAACCAAGUCCUAUGCUUUCCAAAAACAAUCGUCGGUCUUAAAUCCCACAAAGAAUUCGGCAUCGACCCUUCAAUCCCACCGCAUUACUCCAUGCGAGAUUUCAAGCACUUCCUCCGAAGCACGUAUUCUUUAGAGAGAGAAUCCGUGAUAAGCACGAGUGCUUAUAGUAAUAAAAAACCUCGCAUGCUUAUCGUGUCGAGAAAAAAAAAUCGGUUCAUAAAGAACGAGAUUGAAGUAGCCGAAAUGGCUCGGAAGGUGGGAUUCGAUGUGGUGGUGGAAGAAAUGGGGUUGAAUUUAACGGUGGUGGCGAAACUAGUGAACUCGUUCGACGUGUUGAUGGGAGUGCAUGGUGCCGGUCUCACAAACAUGGUGUUCUUGCCUGAAAACGCGGUUGUGAUUCAAAUUAUACCGUUUGGUGCGGAUUUGUGGGCUAAGCCUUACUUCACUUUGCCUCCAAAGGACAUGAAUUUGAGGUAUUUGGAGUACAAAGUGGGCUUGAACGAGAGCUCGUUGUUGGGAAAAUAUCCGGUCGGUAGCGAGGUUUAUAGCGAUCCGGGUGCCGUGUACAAGAAGGGGUUUAUUCAUUUUCAUGCUGUGUAUUUGAAAAAUCAAGAUGUGACUCUUGAUUUUGUCAGAUUUAGGGAGGUGCUUUUGAAAGCCUUGGAGCUUAUUCAACAUUAAUAUUUUUAUUUUUAUGUUGUGGGAUUAUAUUAUAAGAUGUUUGUAAUUGUUCUAAUUUUAA